CUGUGCCAGCAAACAUCGCAGACCUGAGAAACAUAGAAGUGCUCAACUUUUUCAACAACCAGAUUGAAGAGCUUCCUACACAGAUUAGCAGCCUUCAGAAGCUCAAACACCUGAAUCUUGGCAUGAACAGGUUAAACACCUUGCCAAGAGGAUUUGGCUCUUUACCAGCUCUGGAGGUUCUUGAUUUGACUUACAACAACUUAAAUGAAAAUUCUCUACCAGGAAACUUCUUCUAUCUGACCACCCUGCGUGCACUCUAUCUAAGUGACAACGAUUUUGAAAUCCUGCCGCCAGAUAUUGGGAAGCUCACAAAGUUGCAGAUACUGAGUCUUAGAGACAAUGACCUGAUAUCACUGCCUAAAGAAAUUGGUGAGCUCACUCAGCUUAAGGAACUUCAUAUCCAGGGAAAUCGUCUUACUGUGCUGCCCCCAGAACUAGGUAAUUUGGAUUUGACUGGUCAAAAGCAAGUCUUCAAAGCAGAGAACAAUCCUUGGGUUACCCCUAUUGCUGAUCAGUUCCAGCUGGGAGUAUCUCAUGUUUUUGAAUACAUUCGUUCAGAAACAUAUAAAUAG